AUGGAGGUGGUUGCCACAAUCAAUGGACCCAGCAAACCUUUACCGAAUUUUGCUGUUUUGAAGAGCAGCCAUUCCGAUCCGAAAUGCAAGAGUGCCAACACGUACGAACGGCUGGAUCCGAAGAAUAUCCAUAAGAACCUCGAAAAUAUAUGCCGUCUUCAGCCCGACCUGGCUGAAGAAUUGCUGUCUUCUGUUGACACUCCAUUGAAAACGGCCAGAUGCGAAGAAUCCGGCAAGAACUAUCUCUGUUGCGAUUAUAACAGAGACGGCGACUCUUACAGAUCGCCUUGGUCCAACACUUUCUAUCCCAAAUUAGACGACGAAGAAGACGCCCCACAUCCGUCUGCUCAUCUUAGAGAGCUCGAGACCUUUGCAAACAAGUCCUUCGACAUAUACAGAGAACUGUAUUACGAAGGAGGUAUCUCGAGUGUUUAUUUCUGGGACUCCGAGGACGACGAUGUUGAUGCUUCGGGAAAGAUUGGGUUUGCUGGUGUCGUUUUGUUGAAGAAAACCGUCGAUUCCAACAACCCAAAGGACGGCGGAUCGUGGGACUCUAUCCAUGUGAUUGAAAUAAUACCAGGAUCAGGCGAUAAGGCAACAUAUAAAGUGACAUCGACCGUCAUUUUGGACAUCUCGAACUCCGAUUCCUUGGACAUCUAUCUGAGUGGAAACCUCACUAGACAAACUUCCAAGGAGUUGGAAUACAAGGACUCUGCUUCGCAUGUGUCAAAUGUGGGGUCCUUGGUGGAAGAUAUCGAAAGCAGACUCAGAAACCUGCUCCAGGAGGUCUAUUUCGGUAAGACAAAAGACAUUCUGGGAGAUAUCCGUUCUUUAGAGCCAUUGAACUCAAAGUCCGAUGAGAAACAGAAACACUCAGAGCUCAUCGACAACCUCAAGGGCCUGUAG